CCGAAGGUACAAAAUGGCUGCCAAGGAUGGCGGGUUGGUGUUUGAAGAAACCAGCGAGUUUAAAAACCCAGAGGAACACUUUUUGCCGCCUGGAUGGGAAAUAAGAACAAUGGACGAUGGAAGGAUCUAUUAUGCGAAUCAUUUGACAAAAUCAACUCAGUGGGAACAUCCAACGUCGGGAAAAAGAUACAAAGUCUGUGGAGAGCUUCCACAAGGCUGGCAACAAUUGUAUGACAGUAAAGGGAGUGUUUUCUUUUUUGAUUCUGUGAAUAGAGUAACCACUUAUGCUGACCCAAGAAUAGCCCUGAACUUCACCAAAAGUAAAAAAAAUUCAAAAAAGUUGGAUAGUCACUCUACAGCCAUGCAUGUGUUAAAUGGAGAGGACUUGAGUGGAAAGGUUGCCAUUGUGACAGGAGCCAAUAGUGGCAUAGGUUUUGAGACUGCCAAGGCACUGGCACUUCACGGAGCUCAUGUGAUCUUAGCUUGUAGGAACAUGAACAAAGCAAACAGGGCAGCAGCUAUGAUCAGACAAGUACAGACCCCUGAGGCUUACGUGGAAGCUAUGUUGCUAGACCUGGCAUCAUUUACAAGUAUCAAAAACUUUGCAGAAGAAUUUAGAGGGCGGAAACUUCCUCUUCACAUUCUUAUUUGUAAUGCUGCUGUAUUUGGUUUAUCAUGGAGCAAGACAGAGGAUGGAAUUGAGAGCACUUUUGGUGUCAAUCAUCUUGGCCAUUUCUACCUUGUGAAGUUGAUUGAAGAUAUUCUUUGCUCAUCAUCUCCUGCCAGAGUUGUAGUUUUGUCUUCAGAGUCUCACAGGUUUCCUGACCUAACCUACUCUACAAAGUUACCUUUGUCAGAGCUACCCCUUUCUAAAGAUAAAUACUGGUCCAUUGUGGCAUAUAAUCAAUCCAAACUCUGUAACUUGCUCUUUUCCAUGGAACUGAAUCGUCGCUUGAAACCAAAAGGAGUGACAUGUAAUGCUGUACAUCCUGGGAACUUGAUUUACACUUCAUUGUCUCAUACCUCGUGGUUCUAUUGGAUCUUCUUUGUCAUGGCCAGACCAUUUGCAAAGACACCAGUAAGUUCUAAGUUUUGUAAUACACAAUAA